AUGAGUCUGCAAUCAUCUCACUUUCCAGGAAGUUCAAGAAGUUAAGGGUAACCUAUUAUAUGCAGGACGUGUUCCACGGCACCUUUAUGAGGAAAUGAUGACGAAAGCUAGUUAAGAAUAUGAUGAGGACGUUAUGAAGUCGCUGGCCAUCAGCUCGUUAAAUGAGAAGUGACUCUCGACAACGUACCGGAAGAACUCCGAUGGGAUGGCUUGCACGAACGGCUUGUACGCCAUCUCGUAGCUGACGGAGUGCACACGAAGCAGCCGAAAGAGCUCAUGCAGCUCUACUGUGUCCAUGACGUGUGCAACGGCGGUGUCGAGGUCCCUCUUUUAUACUCGAUGACGGCGCGAAAAACCGAGGAUGUCUACACACGCAUUUUCGGGCACCUCAAGAACCUGUUCGAGAGAAACUUUAUGCAGGGGCAUGGUCGAGUUCUAGUCGUGGCGGAAUGGUGGGACACCAUCAAAGGAAUGGUUUUCUUGCCAAAGCGUCUCUACCCAGAGGGAAGAGUGCUAUGGAGGCCACCAGUGCCCGAAGACCACGUCGCUUACGAAAAUACAAGGAGUUCCUGGAAUACUUGCACUCGACGUGGUUCGAUGGUCCGUACAAGGAUAUGUGGAACAAGUGGGAAUUGGUGAACUUGAGAACCACAAGUAAGCUGAGGCCUACCACAACCGCCUCAAUGUGGAAUUCGGAAGAGACCAUCCUAGGACGCUGAUAAAGAAGUUGAAGUACAUCGACUCCGGGGCAAAACGUUCACUGCAGUGGAUAAUGGAGGUUAGUAGUCUCUUGCAACCAACGCAGGCAACUAAAAUCUGGGGCAGAAACAGUAACAAUUCCAGCAUACCAACGAGGAAAAGCAUCUGCGAAAGAGGGAUCACGAAAGAAGGCAAAACAUUGAGAACAGCAUGA